AUGUCUAUGGGCCUGGAGAUCACCGGCACCUCGCUGGCCGUGCUGGGCUGGCUGGGCACCAUCGUGUGCUGCGCGCUGCCCAUGUGGCGCGUGACGGCCUUCAUCGGCAGCAGUAUCAUCACGGCGCAGAUCACCUGGGAGGGCCUGUGGAUGAACUGCGUGGUGCAGAGCACCGGCCAGAUGCAGUGCAAGAUGUACGACUCCCUGCUGGCGCUGCCGCAGGACCUGCAGGCGGCCCGCGCGCUCAUCGUCGUCGCCAUCCUGCUGGCCGCCUUCGGCCUCCUCGUUGCGCUCGUGGGCGCCCAGUGCACGAACUGCGUGCAGGACGACACCGCCAAGGCCAAGAUCACCAUCGUGGCGGGCGUGCUCUUCCUGCUGGCCGCCUUGCUCACCCUCGUGCCGGUGUCCUGGUCGGCCAACACCAUCAUCCGGGACUUCUACAACCCACUGGUGCCCGAGCCGCAGAAGCGCGAGAUGGGCUCGGGCCUGUACGUGGGCUGGGCGGCCGCGGCGCUGCAGCUGCUGGGGGGCGCCCUGCUCUGCUGCUCCUGCCCGCCUCGCGAGAAGAAGUACGUGCCCGCCAAGAUCCUCUACUCGGCGCCGCGCUCCACCGGGCCAGUCAGUGGGGCCGGCACCGCCUACGACCGCAAGGACUACGUCUGA